AUGAGAGGUAGAAUAUCAAGACUGUCGACGCUGUGCAAGUGCUUCCCUGCGGUGGUUCGCCGGUGCGACGUCGAGAGGUUCUUGAAUAUCGGAAGAUUGUACCCUGAAAUUGAUCCCCCGGAGAAACGCAUCGAUAUGCACAUUGACUUGUUAAGGCGCGGUGAGUUUAGGGAUAUGGAGUGUGUUAAUGACAUCGUCAAGAUAGAAGCGCAAUCUGAUCAGCUUGCAGAGACGUACUUUGAUGGAUUCGAUACUGACCUUGCGCGCAAGUUGGUAUAUGUGACCGCGUUUGACCACAACUUGGACAGACGGUUUUGA